CCAGAUAAUUCCAAUUGCAUUUAAAUAAUUGAUAUAAAAAAUGAAAUUAGAUUAUUGACAUGCGCUUAAUUAAUAUUUAAAUAAUGCACGUGUAGACAUACGUCAAAGUCAGUAGUGUAAUUUAAAAAAAACGUAAAAGAAGAUGUAAUUAUUUUUGAAAAAAUUUGGUGUAUCAUAAAAUUACGUGGUAAAAUAUCUUUGAACCACGUGAACAAUUGGUAUAGGUGGUAAUUGUCACGUAGAAAUUUUGAACUUGCGUCCAUUGGUUUCUAGGAAAAAUAUUUUUAAUAGUUCGAGAUAGCGGAGUGUAAUUAAGUGGGGGUUUAUUUAUAUAAAGGUCAAGGACUUGGGUUUCAUCAGUUUGUAUUUGUGUUCAUAAUAGUAUUGGAUAGAGGAGUUUUUUUACUGACAGAUACCAGAUGAUCGAGUAACAUUAGAUGCUGAUUACUUUUAAUAUCAUUGGCUAUAUCCAUAUAAAUUAUUUAUUAUUUUAAAAACAUUUAUUAUUUUUUAAAUGUAUAACGGGAAGUUUCACAUGUGUUUUAUAAAGAUAAGAGUUGGGUUGUGUACGUGACUUAACUAAAUACAAAACUGCACUGAUGAUUGUUGAGGACGAUAAUAAUAAUGAUAAUAAACAUUUAAAUAAAUAAUUAGUGCUGUUGGAAGUUUAAAGUUGGCGGAAAAAUAAUUUCAAGUUUUCAUUAUUCAACUGAGCGCUACUAUUUUCUAUAAUAGUGACGUUGCAUUAGUAACAUAUGUAUUAUAAAUGCAAUAGUGAUAACUAUUUUUAAAAAUGUCUCGAUUAAUGUUCAUAAUAUUUUUAUCUAUUUUUAACUUUACAUUUGCUAAUUACUUUGGAUCCCAUAAGCAAAGUAAUGAUCAGUGUUUCUGCAAGUUAAAAGGAUCAAUUGAUGAUUGCAGUUGCAAUUUUGAUACUGUUGAUUAUUUCAAUAAUAUGAAAAUAUAUCCAAGACUGCAAAGUCUUCUCCUGAGGGAUUACUUCCGGUUUUAUAAAGUAAAUUUGAAAAAAGAUUGCCCGUUUUGGGCUGAUGACAGCAAGUGUGCUAUCAGAUACUGUCAUGUGCAACCUUGUGAAAGUGAUGACAUACCAGUCGGACUGAAAGGAGACUUACGCACAGAUACCCAUGACUACCAGUACGAGAAUCCGUAUGACAAAUAUUUGGCUGAAAAUCAGCUGACUGAUUGUGAGCAAACUGCCAGGGAUCACAAUCGAGAGCUCGGUUAUUUAAACACGACAAUAAGCUCGAAGAAUUACAAAGAAUUUGAGAGAUGGCAAUAUCACGAUGAUAAUUUGGAUAAUUUUUGUAUCAAAGAAACUAGUCCUGGUGAAUAUGUCGACUUGCUGCUAAAUCCUGAGAGAUAUACCGGAUAUAAAGGGCCUAGUGCUCAUAGAAUAUGGCGGAGUAUUUAUAUGGAAAAUUGUUUUAGACCUGAUGCUUCGCCGCAUAAUUUUAUACAGACUUCUAAAGUCAAUGGAAUGUGUUUAGAAAAACGUGCAUUUUAUCGUGUGAUAUCUGGACUGCACGCUAGUAUUAAUAUACAUUUGUCUGCAAAAUAUUUAUUAUCUAGUCAAGAUGGUAUGACAUUCGUACGUGAAAGUGGUGAAUGGGGGCCUAAUCUUCCAGAAUUCCAGCGACGUUUUUCACCGGACAUGACUGGAAACGAAGGACCCGAGUGGUUAAAAAAUUUGUACUUCUUGUAUUUGUUGGAAUUACGUGCACUCCAUAAAGCUGCGCCUUAUCUAGAACGCGAGGAAUAUUACACUGGCAAUGAUUCUGAAGAUGAUGAUACUAAAAUGGCAAUAAAGGAUAUUUUGCAAGUAGUAAAGUCAUUUCCUGAUCACUUCAAUGAAAGUCUUAUGUUCAACGGCGGAUCGCAGGCGAAGUUGUUGAAAGAAGAGUUUAGACAGCAUUUUAGAAAUAUAUCUCGUAUAAUGGACUGUGUGGGAUGCGACAAGUGUAAAUUGUGGGGUAAAUUACAAGUGCAAGGUAUUGGUACUGCACUGAAAAUAUUAUUUUCAGGUAAAUUUGAUGAGUGGUCGCCCAGGCUGACUUAUUUAAAUAGAAAACAAUUUAAUCUUGAAAGAACUGAAAUUGUCGCUCUGGUUAAUGGUUUUGGAAGAUUGUCUGAGAGUAUAUUUGAGUUGGACAAAUUCCGGCAGAUGAUGAGAUAAUUCCAUCCAGCUGACAUAUUUUUCCAUAGCCCAGUAAAAAAUACAUCACAUGAAAACACAAAAAAACAAUAGAUAUUACUUAUAAUUUAUCGAUAAUUAAAUUAAGAUAGCAUUUAAAUAUCGAAAGAAAAGAAUUUAUUUAACGAGUUUUAAGUACUAGUUAAUUUUUUUUUAGUUUAUCAGGAUUUAAUUAGACGUGACUAAUUUUAAAAUUUAGACUUAGAAAAAAAUUGUGGUCUUGAUAUUUUAAAUACUUACAUAAUAAAAUAAUAUAUUAAAUAAAUAUAUAAACUUGCAAUACAAAUAUUGGAGGAUUUUAAAAGUGCAAAGAUAAUUUAGAUGAUUAUAAUAUUGAUUGGAAUAAUUAUGAUAUUAUUUACUGACUGUAUAAAACAAAGUACACUCUUCCGAUUGACACAUUUUGAUACCAAAAUCUUUACAAAAAUUUAUUUUUUAUAUAUAAGUUUCUUAUAAACAAAGAGAAACAGAUAUUAUUAAUAAUAGUUUCAGUAAUUUGAGGAUUACUAUGGUGUAAUUUAUCUAUUAAAUAUUUAUCUACAUGUCUACAUUAUUUGUAAAAAAAUUUAUUACUGUAUCUCCUGAUUCUAUCUGUGAUAAAUUAUUUGUUUGUCCAAUUACUUUUGUGUUUAAUAAAUCUAAUG